AGUCUAAUGCUGCUUUCCCUCGCUGUGAAUACGUCUCCAAGGUUGUCUUGUACAGACUUGAUAUAUGAUCUGCACUGUAAGCCAUUAAAGCAUUUCGUUUCGUCCUACGAUACAUAAGAGAGUACGAUGCUGCAACUCUACACAGAUUUUUCAUAAACGCAAAUGAUCAGCACGUCAGUAUGGGAGGAGAAAGUUACCUGAAAACGCCUGACAUUCAGGUGUGCCUCUCUCAUAGUUGACCAUCGUAAUAUUUUCCAAGGCAGAGAGGAGAUAAAAGAUGACGUCCGUACCUACCUCCAAAGGAACCCAGAACAUUGCAAUCGCUAUCUUUUUGAUGGCAUGUUUUGCUGCAAUAUUCUACGUCUACUAUAAACCAACUACAAGCUGGUUAAAAUGCCCUGCUGCUCAAGCCCAGAAAGAUAACAUCAGCGCAGAAAUGUGCUUCAGUGCUCUUAAGAUACAGAACUACGUUUAUGUAGACAACAACUGCACUGUCACCUUGGACACAAAGCAGAUGCAACAACUAUACGACAAUAUCAUAACAACUACGCCAACAACCACUACAACGCCAAAACCUCUGCCUACAGCAAAGAAAGAUCCAGAGACCCUUAUUUUAAUCUGGAUGUGGCCUUUUGGUAGUUCUUUUGGCUUGGGACCCUGUACGAUCUUCAACGUUGAAGGCUGCCGAUUAACAGAUGACAAAAGUCUGUAUAACCAAGCUCACGGUGUUAUGUUUCAUCACAGAGACAUUCGUGGAGACGCAUCCAAUUUGCCGCAAGAACCACGACCCGCCUUCCAGAAAUGGGUUUGGUGGAAUAUGGAGUCUCCAACCAAUUCAGGGAGAUAUCCUACACUAAAUAAUCUGUUCAAUUUGACUUCAAGUUACCGCCUAGAUUCUGACGUUCCAGUGGGCUACGGUUCAGUGGUACAGGCCACGGAUGAGGAGAAAAAAUACACAAUACCACACAAGGAUAAAUUAGUCUGCUGGAUAGUAAGCAACUACAAUGCUAACUAUAAACGAUCACAAUACUACAAUGAGUUAUCGAAGUAUAUUACAGUAGAAGCCUACGGUAGACACUUUAACAGAUAUAUUAGUAGCGAAGAAUACUCUAAAACGGUGGCUAGUUGUAAAUUCUACCUUUCAUUUGAGAAUUCUGUUCAUAAAGACUACAUGACGGAAAAGUUGUACAACCCUCUCAGCCUUGGCACGGUUCCUGUGGUACUUGGCCCGUCUAGAGAGAACUACGAGCAGUUCGUCCCAAGUGGAGCUUUUAUACAUGUUGAUGAUUUCCCUUCUCCGAAAGAACUGGCGGAUCAUCUGAAACACUUGGAUUCAAACGAAGACCUCUACAAACAGUACUUUACAUGGAGAGAAAAUUUUGUCGCAAAGACGGGUUCAUUUGGUGUUGAACAUGCCUGUCGGUCUUGCGAACAUAUUAGGACAUUUAAGAACUACAGGGUAGUGAAGGAUCUCAUCGGCUGGUAUUUCGUUUGAGGAUAUUCAGCUGGAAGGACCGGAAUGAAUUUCCGGGUCGGUCAGGGCUGGCACCAGCACAUAGCUAUGUCCUUGACUGGCAACAAAAUGCUGUUUAGCUGGUUUAUCAAAGAAGUCUUGGUUGAACUUGUUGUGAAGAAUGAUAGGGGCAAGACCACACCAAUGGUGUCCCAUGUACGGCUGGUGAGCAAUGUUUAGGUUGAAUGUUGAACUUGUUUUGAAUGUAUUAUAAAAAUGUGGUAGGACCAUGAAGACUUUUUUUAAAAACACAUUUUUAAGAAAAAUUAUUUUGAAGGCUAUUUUCUGUCUAUCUUUCUUCAUCAUGUGUGCCACAGAUGAUAAAUACACUGUAAUGCAAUUGUUCUGUCAGACAGCAUAAACCUCCUUUAUUAUACUUUAUUCAAGACCUGAUCUGUCCUGAAUAUCAUGUGAAAGGUUACGGGUUAAAGUGUUUUUUAUAUUAUUGAAUAAAAGUAUUUAUUAAUAUA